AUGUCUUUCUCAUUUGGAUUCACAUCCAAUGAUUUUAGUGAUGAUGAACUCUCUGAUAAUGGAAUUGUUAAUGACUCCAAUAUUAAAGCUGAAAAUCUAGAGAAUCCGUUAGAUUCACAACAUUUAUUACUUCCUGAUGUCAUUCAAGCUCAAAUGGAAGAUCUUUCCGCAAUGUUAAGAUCUUUGAAAGAUGUUAGGUUGACAUUUGAAAAAUUUGUUACUCCAGAGACCUCAUAUCCAUUGUACAGAAGAGAAUUAUUCGAUGUCAAACAUCAGCUAAUGAUGGAAUCAGAUGACAAUUCUGCUUCCAUGAUAGCAGAAUUGAAUCAUAUCCUUAUUGGUGACACAUCUGAGGAUUUAAGGAAGAAUGUUUACGAAGGUGGGUUGAAAUCAUGGGAAUGUUCUGUCGAUUUGGUAGAUCUUUUAAAUAACCAAACCUAUCAAUUGGAUCAGUUCGAUACAUACUUAGAGUUGGGAUGCGGUACCUCUUUGCCAAGUGAAUAUAUUCUCUCCAAGCUUUUAUUAACAAAGGCGCAAAAUAAAACGUUAAUCCUAUCCGAUUAUAAUACAAGUGUUAUGAGGCUUGUCAGUUUACCAAAUAUGAUAAUAACAUGGGCUAAAUACGCCCUGGAUGAUAAACUCUUCGCUGAGCUGCAAAGAAGUGAGGACCCAAGUGUCCCGAUAGUAGAUGACGAAUUACUUCUCACUUCAGCAAUAUUAGAUGCAUUUUAUGAGGAUUUGAAGCAAAGAAAUUUGAAUAUUCAAUUGAUAUCUGGCUCAUGGGGUAGAAAAUUUACAAAUAUACUGCAUUCUAUUAUUCCAGCUGGUAACAACAUUUUAGUACUCACUUCGGAAACUAUUUACCAACCAGAUAACCUACCAGUCGUUGCUGAAACUUUGUUAGAUCUGAAGUUAUCAUACAGCAACGUAUUAGUCAAACAGUUUUUGGCAGCUAAAGAUAUAUAUUUUGGUGUUGGUGGGAGUAUUGUUGAGUUUGAAAGGUAUUUAAAAGAAAAAAUAAAAGAAGGAAAUUUACCAGUAACAUGCAAGACAUUCAAAAUCAAUACUGGCCUCAAACGAUCCAUUAUUUAUAUAGAAUAA